AAUUCAUUGGAAGGCUAGCUUCUAAGAGAAACAAAAAUGAGAAAACCUUGCUGUGAUAAACAAGGCAACAACAACAAAGGAGCUUGGUCCAAGCAAGAAGACCAGAAGCUCAUCGAUUAUAUUACAACUCAUGGCCAAGGUUGCUGGCGUUCCAUACCUCAGGCUGCAGGUAUAUUUACAACAAGGGGAGGGGAUCAAGGAUUGCAUCGCUGUGGCAAAAGUUGCAGGCUAAGAUGGAGAAACUAUCUUAGGCCAGACAUCAAACGAGGCAACUUUGCUCAAGAUGAGGAGGACCUCAUUAUUAAGCUCCAUGCUCUCCUUGGCAACAGGUGGUCACUGAUAGCUGGGAGACUGCCGGGGAGGACUGACAACGAGGUGAAGAAUCAUUGGAACUCUUAUCUGAGGAAAAAGCUAAUAAACAUGGGAAUAGACCCAAACAAUCAUCGACUUAACCAAAUUCUUCCUCGUUCUCAACCUGUUGAUGAUGACGAAGAGGCAUGUAAAUCCAACAAAUCUAAGGCUGAUACUGAUGGAGUUUCUGAUGCAGCAACUUCUUCUCUCGAGGAGGAUGAAACUUCUGCUGGUUCUUAUCACAUAAAUCUUGAUCUCACCAUUGCUGUUCCUUCUCCUGCUCAUGCUCCAAAUUUGGAAACCAAGCCUGAAAAUUGCGGUAUUGCUGCAACUGGUGAAGUACUACAAAACGAAACAUCACCUGCGCUUCUUCUCUUCUUAUGAGCUUUGCUAAUCCUAAUUGCUUAAUUAAUAAGCCUUCCUAAUAAUGUUUUUAGUGGGGAUCAAUUAAAAUGGCUAAUUAACUAAAAGAGAAGAAUCCAUGUUACCAAUAUUAACUAUCUUUUGAUAAUUUCUUAUGCUUUUAAACGUAAUUUAAGAAACUGGCUGAUUUAGCUCAUCAUGCCAUGGAAGUAUUGGGUUUUCUUGUACAGCUUAAAACAGCAGAAGUUUAGAAUGAUCAGACAGUUUAUAUAUAUACUAAU